UAUAGAAUAGAUAAAACUAUGAUCACGCCAUAUUACAACGCUACCACAGUUAUUUUAUAGAUUAGGUAAAACUAUGAUCACACCAUAUGAUACCACAACCUUACAAAUCUGUAUAUAAGUGAUCAGUAGACAUUGAUUAUAGUUAGUGUUAAAUCUCAAGAUUGUCUAUAAAUUUUAUGUUUCGUCGUUUCAUACCGUAAUAUAUCCGUUUGCUACAAGUCGAUAACAAACCAAGUAACACAAUUUGAUCAGGUAUAUUUAAUAUAUAUAAAAAAUAAUAUGUCGUACUAUACUAAUGUAUCUGCAGGCGAAAGCUCUUCAAAUGAUGAUAAUGAAAGUAGUAUGCUAUCAACACUAUCAUCUUCUUUAAAACCGGUAAAAAUGCAGAAUAAAAAAAGAAAAAAUGAUACUGAACCAAAAGUUAAAAUGUCUAAGGCUGGAAAGCAGCGAACAGAAUCAAUAGAGACGUACAAGGAUGCCUUAGCUAGUGUAAUUUCGAAAGGAAAUAUUGAAGAUAACGUUUCAAACUCAAUAACAUUGACGGAAGGAAAUUACACGUAUACGAUUCGGUGUCCAGUAGCGCCAAAAUGCGAUGACUACUACGUCAUCCAACAUUAUAAAACUAGUGCUAUAAAGGACAUUCCGUCACUUGAAAGUUCUAGCAAUGUAACACCCACGUCUUCUCAUGAAAAGCCAUCUAAUUUUGAGAUACAAGAUAUUCUUGAAGAUUGCAUUGCUCCCGAAUCAUUUCCUUGUAAUGACCGUACAGAAGAACAAAAUGAACUCAUUCUUAAUAAUACUUUAUACAAUGAACUUCAAAAAGAAAUUCAAACAGAAAAAGACCGUUGGAGAACAGUACUGAAAAGAAUAAUAGCUUGUAUUAUUUAUCUUGCUCGACAAAAUGAUGCAUUCAGAGGAAAAAACUGCACCAUUUAUACCAAAUCAAAUGGUAAAUUUCUUAAACUUAUUGAAAUGAUAGCAAGUUUUGAUAAUCCUAUGGAUGAACACUUGCGAAGUAUAAAAAAUAAAGAAAUCCAUCAACAUUAUUUGGGACCCAGGAUACAAACUGAACUAAUACACUUGAUUGAAAGUAAAAUAAGAACAGAAAUUGUAACACGUAUUAAAAAAGCAAAAUAUUACACUAUUAUGCUUGAUGGAACUCCUGACGCAUCUCACAAGGAACAAUUAACGUUAAUAAUUAGAAUUGUACAGAUAAAUAAAACUUCUAAUAAUGUUAAAGUUUCGGUGGACGAAUAUUUUAUAAACUUUUUACAUAUAACUUUGAAAACAGGACUAGGAUUAUUUGAUGUUUUAAAGCAAGAGUUAUCAAAUUUAGGUAUAUGUUUAUCAAAUUGUCGUGGCCAAGGCUAUGACAAUGGUGCAAAUAUGGUUGGACAUAAACAAGGAGUACAGGCUAGAAUUUUGAAUGAAAAUCCUAGAGCAUUGUUCUUGCCAUGUUGUGCUCAUUCAUUAAAUCUCUUAUUAGGAGAUAUGGCAAAUCGUAUACCACAAGUUAUGACAUUUUUUGGAGUGAUCCAAAGGUUGUACACUUUAUUUUCUGCUUCAACAGAGCGAUGGGAAAUUUUGAAAAAGUAUUUAAAAUGUUUAACUUUAAAACCGUUGUCUGAGACUCGAUGGGAGUGUAGAUUAGAAUCUAUAAAGGCAGUGAAAAUGCAACUCAAAGAAAUAAAUGAAGCACUAGUAGAAGUAAGUGAAUCUACAAAAAUACCAGCAAUUAAAAGUGAAGCUAUUUCUCUUGCUGAACAUGAAAUGUCCUAUGAAUUUGUGCUAAGCCUAAAGGAGUUUUUUAUUAAAAAUCGAGAAAAUGGAUUUAAUGAAGCAAAAGAAGAAGCUAUACAUAUUUGUAAACAAAUCGAUAUAAUUCCACAGUUUAAACCUAAAAGAAAAAAUCAAGGAAUUGUAUCAAUAAAUCAAAGAUUCACUCAAUUAGAUAAUUUUCACAAUUAUUUUGGAUUUGUCUUUGAUAUUGGUAAUUUAUCUACUGUUGAUUCAGAUACAUUGUUAAAAAGUUGUCAAGAUCUACAGAUCCUCUUACAAAUUGGUGAAAACAUGGACAUAAGUGGAGCUGAAUUGUAUGAUGAACUUUGUCUUCUUUCAGAAAUAAUAGAAAAAGGUACUUCACCUCUUCAAGUUUUACAAAAAAUUCUUGGCAAUAGUGUUGGUAAUAUUUAUUCUAAUGUUGCUAUAGCAUUAAGGAUUAUGCUUACAUUACCAGUAACAACAGCAACAGCCGAGAGAUCAUUUUCUAAAUUAAAAUUGAUAAAAAAUUACCUUAGAACUACUACUUUAGAUCAAGAGAAAACCACAAAUUUGGCGAUAAUAUCAAUUGAACAUGAAAUAGUAGAUGAAAUGGACUUUGAUGAUAUUAUUGAUACAUUUGCUGAUCUUAAGUCAAAAAAAAUUAAUUUUUAG